AAGGGAGCCUUUCCUGCCCAUGCGCAGAAGGUGCGCGCGCACGCGCACUUUGGGCGUCGGAGACUGAGGGCUGUGUGCGGUGGCGCCCGCGUGAAGAGCUGAGCUUUAGAGCGGCGCGCGCCCUACUCUGUAGGCGGCAAUAAGCGGGAAAGGGGAGUGGUGAUGUGACGACGUCGACUCCACCCACUGUGGACCUCCAGCGACUCAGGUGUCUGUCCCGGCCCGCGAGGUCACCGGCCGACUGACCGAGUCAGCCCACUAACGCCGCACCAGGGUCCCUUUUCCGCGGAAGGCGAUGGGCGCCACGUCCCCGCCAGAAGCAGCUGCAGCAGCAGGGCGACGAGGAAGAAAUUCAGAGGUAAUUGGAAAUCAAGAUUAAGCACUGAGAUGUUUUGCCAUUGGGGAUCUGUGAGGAGAUCGUGUCUCAAGAAACUACCACUGCAGCUUGUUAUCCAGGCAAGAACUUUAUCAGGGGCCGAUGCUGUCAAUGCUCUGCGACCAUUCUAUUUUGCAGUGCAUCCAGAUUUCUUUGGCCAGCAUCCUAGGGAAAGGGAGAUCAAUGAAAAUUCUUUGAAGAGAUUAAAUGGGUAUUUGGAGAAUCUCCAGAAACCAGGUUUCAGGUCUUUUAAACCAACUCAGCUCACUUUUUAUGUACGAGAGAGAGAACAAAAUCCUUCUAAUGUUCAAGAAUCAUUUGGUUCUUCAGGAUUUCGAGCAGUCAGUUUCACCUUGCGCACUAGAGACCUACUAAGUACAGUACUGGACAUCUUGAACUCCUGUAGCUUAUCGACAGAGCAUGUCCAAAGCUUGAAUGGCAAUGUGGAUACUCGGUCUACCCAAGGAGCAGAAAGAACCUUCCCCAGGCCUAUCAAAUGGGACAAGACAUAUUACUGUUUUACUGGAUUCAAGGAUCCCGAGGAAGAACUUGAACAGGCUCAAAGGAUGGAAACUACUCUAAAUUCUUGGUUAGAUAAUAAUGGAAAGAGUGCAGAAAAAAAGUUGAAGAAUAGCUUACCACUCAGGGAAGAACUAGACCGUUUGAAAGGUGAAUUGUCUCAUCAGCUACAGCUCUCUGAUAUCAGAUGGCAGAGGAGCUGGGGCAUUGCCCAUCGAUGUAGCCAGCUACACAGUCUAAGUCGGUUAGCUCAACAGAGCCCGGAAGCACCAAGAAAUGCCAAAGGACGCACUGUGAUAUUUACAGACCGUUCAGGCAUGAGCGCAACAGGCUAUGUUAUGCUAGGAACUAUGGAUGUUCACCACCACUGGACAGAAAUUUUUGAGAGAUUGCCAAGCUACUCUGCACUUCAAAGAAAAGUACUGGUUUUGGAGGACCGUAUAAGCCAUCUUUUGGGAGGCAUACAAAUAACAUACGUUGAAGAGCUGCAACCAAUGCUGACACUUGAAGAGUAUUACUCUAUUCUUGACAGCUUUUAUAAUCAAGUGCGUAACAGCAGACUUCCAUUUCACCCUCGCAGUCUGCGUGGAUUACAAAUGAUUCUAGAAAGUGACAGGUAUGCACCAAGUCUGCAUGAACUAGGACAUUUCAUCAUCCCAACCAUCUGUGAUCCAGCAGCGCUCCAAUGGUUUAUCAUCACUAAAGCACAACAAGCAAGAGAGAAACUGAAAAAAAAGGAAGAGUUAAUGGUGCUAGAGAAGGAACUGAUCAAGGCUUCCACUGAAAAAUUUUGUCUCCAGCGACUAUAUAAGGAGCCUAGCGUUUCCAGCGUGCAAAUGAUCCAUUCGUGCAAGAGACUGCUGGAGGCGUCACUUCCCAACCUUCAAGGCAUGCACCUCUGCAUUUCCCACUUCUAUUCUGUGCUGCAGGACGGAGACCUCUGUAUCCCUUGGAACUGGAAGCACUGAGGGCACCACCUAAAUGAUCUGGCCAGUCCAAUAUUUUGUAUAGGAGCAAGCAAACACUACUUAAAACUUUUUAGAGUAAAUUACUGAGAUGCACAUUUUUUCUUGCCAGUAUUACACAAGUAACCCAAGACUUCUCCUUGGUUUUUAACUGCUGUUCACAAAGCAACAAACUACUGUCAAUUUGUUUAUACAGUCUCGCAAAAGGCUGAAUGGUUUCAAUGUGAAGUCUGGGAUUACUUUGUUUCAAAAUAAUUACUGAAAGAAUUGGUUGGAGUGAGUUAUAUAAAACUUGAACAAACUAAAGAGGACAAAAACUGUAGAUACCCCUUCUAAUAUACAUUAACAGUAUGGAUUUUAAUAUAUACGAAAUUGUGCUUAGAGGACUGAAGAUGGGAUUGAAGCUCAUCUCUGACACAGAUAUUCCUCUCAGACAAUGUUGGACUGUAAAAACUGAAGAAAGGAUAUUUUUUCAGAAGUUACCAAUAUUCUAGGUGUGCAUUUGUAUAUAAAAUAUAUUGCAAUGACAGAGUAUUUAUUUUGCAAAGGUAUCGUACAGCUUGUUUUGAGAAUAUAUUAUAAAUGUCUGUUAAAAACCUGUACCAAUUAGCAUUGCACUUUCAACAUACUUUUUUAGAUAAACUUACAAACUUCUCUUUCUGUACAUGAUUCGUAAGCUAUUCUCUUUUCAACCACGAGGCUGAUAUGUGAAUCUCUGUAAGUGUGCUUACAACUUACUCCAGCUGAAGCAUAGUUUCUGUCCAUGCAGAAUCUGCCUGUGCACAUGAGUGGGUGCUGUGGGAUAUCUUCCUGGAAGACUGAUGUCCCUCUCAUCACUUAGGACACCCCUGUGCCAAAAGCAGGAAGGCAUCUGUACAGAGUGAAGAAUCAACUCAGAGUGAAGAAUCAACUAAGUCCCUAAUGUUUGAUAUUUCAGAUCCCUGAAAUAAGUACCUUGAAGAUGUGCCCUACUGCCUUUAGAUAGAUUAUAUAGGUCAUGUGCAUAAGAUACGUGGAAACUGUGCCAAAUGAGUACAAGCAUGAGGAAGAGUGUUGAGAAAAUUUGUUUGCUAAGAGACUGUAACCAAUCUAUAGUCAAAAGAAUUGAAGGAAACAUAUUAGUGGUGUAAAUAAGUUUACUGUACAAAUAUGAUCAGGCUAUGUUACCUUGAAUAUCACUGGGAUUAAAUGCAGAACUGUAGCUUUUUAAAUUUUAACCUUAAAUUUUACCACAAAAACUUGUGCCUUUACGAAUUGAUGGUGAAAUCCCUGAAAAGAAGAAAAGACUUGCUACUGCAAGUAGUGGAGCACCUUUGGGGCCAUUGGAAACUGCUAUCAUGCAUAUUCUCAAAGAAUAAUCCCUAAAUGUUUAGGUACAUAUUUUGUUGCUGCUGGAUGUCAGUAAUCUUGAAAGCUCUGUUGUCCUAUGUCAGUAUUUUUAAACUAUUCCUGAUGAGAUGUCAGUGUUGUUCAGAAAUAAAG